AUGUCCUUGGCGGAUGUCCCUUGGAAUCACCCCGGUCCUCUGAAUCAUCCUCUCCCUGCUAGGCAAGGCUCCGCAACCAACUUAUAUCAUCAUCGCUCUCCCCAUUCAUCAGCUUUUUUCAACUCCGGGUAUUCUCAAUUACCAAGUGCCGUGUAUCCUGGAAAUUCCUCUUUCUUCAACAUGAACACCCUCUCGACAGAAGAAAUGGAGCGGUUCCAGAAGCUGUCCAAUGAGUUUGAACCGGAUAUCCAGGGUCCUCUAGUGUCAACGAAACAACCGAGCAGUGCUAUCGCCAUGGACUAUGCGAGUGCUGAUCCUACUUUUGUCGCAAAAACUAGCGCGCUUGCAGUAACUCACCCAUUCACCCGUAUCAUGAAAGGGGACGGCAACUGUGGCUGGAGAGGUGAUGAUUCGCGCCUUUCUGAGAUCUUGUACCACGCUGACUCACUUGAUGUAGCUAUUGCAUUCGGAUAUUUCGAGAAUCUUUUCAACCUACGAGACACGCUCCGAGUGCACCGCGAGCUGCUUCGGAUCAAGUCGUUGAACGUGCUCCUUAAUUCGGUCGGCCAGCAGGAGCAUCUGUAUGAAAUUUUCGUAGAUGCGACAGAAGAGAUCUUUAAUCAAAUAUCAGAGGCGAUACAAAAUGGCGUCCGCGAUGACUCGUUCCUCAUCCUGACAAGUGCGUGGAUGAAACUCAACCCUCACCGCUACCAAGCCUUUCUCUCGUUGCCCGUGGACCAGUAUUGCGCAACCCGAAUCGAGACGGUCAAGACGGAAAUUGACGAAGUUGGCCUCCAAGCUCUUGUUGACGGUGUGAUCGAGCCCGCUGGAUUCGCUGUUGAGAUCUUAUAUCUCGACCGCAGCGAAGGUGACGCUGUGACUCCUCACAUGUUGACUCCUGCCCGGCCAAGUGUAGUGACCAUUCGUCUACUAUAUCGCCCGGGUCAUUAUGACUUGCUCUACCAGGCUGAGCCUACUGUGAAUAUGGAACCUGUGGUCAAUUAUCAAUACGCGAUGACUUCUAACUACACCCCAUGGGAUCAAGGCGCUCUCUCAUUCGAUGUAAAUUCGAGUUUAAUGUCAAUUCCGAAUCUCAUGAUGGACCCAACUUUUGGGCUUGGCCCCUCUCCGAUCCCUGCCGCCCCGGCCAGUCCUUUCCAAGUCUCGUCGCCUCCAGAUGUCUAUCAACCUCCCAUACACACCUCGCCACCUGUCCCUGUGGCAUCUCCGCCACCUCCUCGGAUGUCAGCACCUCCGCCGAUGAGCUCUUUACCCAGCCGCUCGUCCGACGGGCCACAGAUUCGGCUGAAUCCGCUGGUUAUGAAACCUAAUCUAAGCCAUUCUCUUCCGGUCACGACGCCAUUUAAGAACUCUCCCUAUAAUCAAGCUCAUUUCCAGAACCAAGACUUUGAGCCAAUUCACUGGGAACCUAGUGAAUCUCGCAAAUGA